AUGGCUCUCGACGAGACCACCACCCUAUCCAUCGUCGAACUGGCAAUCUACACCACCCUCGUCCCCUUUACGUUCUACUUGUUCUUCAAGCACGGCCUCCGCUCGACCCUGGGCUACCUGUACCUCUUCGCCUUUGAAUCCCUACGCAUCGUCGCGGCAAUUCUUCAGAUCGCCGCGCACUCGAACCACCACCACGGGGGGACGUCGACCACAGGCUCCAUCGUAUCUUCCGUCGGUCUGAGUCCUCUGAUCCUCGCACUCUCGGGUUUCAUCUACGAAUUUUCUAGCUGUACCCAUCUCCACCACAGCGGCCACCGUCAUCCUCACGCCCUCCAGCAGCAGGUGCAUCGAUCCGGCAACAGCGACCGCGACAGACGUCUCCUGAUCGUCCAAGAAGUCUUGGUCCAUCUAGGCGCAUACACUGGCAUCGCCCUAGCGGCGACCGGUGCGUCCAACCUGGCAAAAUCCACCGUCACCCCGUCUGAAAUCGACCACGCCCGUACUCUACUGGAGACCGGGAUCGUCUUGAUCCUCGUCACCUGGAUCGGCCAAGUAUACAUGUUUUUUCGACUCUGUCAAAAACUAGACAGUUUGGGCCCUGUGUCCGUUCUGUUGGGCGUGGCGUGUCUGUUUGUCGGUGUACGGUGCAUCUACAGCGUCGUGUACGCAUUCGAUCACUCCCCAUCCGUGAAUCCCCUCACGGGGAAAUUCGCAAUCAAGGUCACCUUGGUAUUUUUGGUCCAACUCGUCGCCGUCUCGGCUUUGCUCGCCGUCGGGUUCCUGACGAGGAAUAUCGUCAUCGUGCGAGAAAACAAUGAAGUGAGAAGAAGAUGGACACUACGAGGACGAGAAGACCACGGAGAGAGGUACCUGCAUCGACCGGUCGAGAUUGAAAGUGGACCUCCCAUUCCUUUGAGAUCUCCCAAGUGAAUUGAAGUGAUAAUGGGCAUCAUCUGGAUACAAUGUGGAUUAGGCAACCUUGAUAC